AUGCCUGGACUCAUACCUUUGAUGCUCCAUGCGCCCAGCGCUGCUUCACGUCGCAGUAUUCUCCUUAGUCCUGGCAGCAGCGCUUUCCCUCUCUCAUCGCCGCCUCCCACGCAAACUACUCACAAGAGGAUGGGCUCACUGGACGCCGCUGCUGCCAGGCCCAAAGCCCGCAGCCCGAAGCGGCUGUCUCUCCAAGCUCCUGCAAGCUUGCCUGUUCUUCCCUACACCGCAGCGGACUGGAACAAGGCUGUGGCCGAGGUCAAGCGCCACUACAGCAACCGUCAGUACCGCGCCUGCUCGGCACGGUGCUGCGAGAUCCUUGACAACUUCAAGGAUCAGGCAAAUGUUGAGCCGACAUACCUCAUCUACCUUCACUUCUACGCUGCCACCUCUGUUGAAAUGCUCGCCCGCCCUUUGAACACGUCGUCGCCCUACCGUGCGAAGCUACUGAACCAGGCGCGUGCUCAUUACGCCCGUGCUGCUGAGCUCAUCCAGACUGCCGACGAGACCAUUUCUACCUACUCACGCCCAUCAUCGGCCGCCACCACUGCCCCGAGUCUGCACUCGCCCUCUUGCUCUAUCUCCUCUCGCAACUCCACAGAACUUUCCUCGCCCACGGCUUCCAUCUGUUCACUCGAGGAUGCUAUGGCCAAACUCGCCAACACCCCCGCACCUCUGCAGACGAAGAAGCGCGUCACUUUCAUUGACGACCUGGAACCGAUGAUACAGGAACCCUUCAUUCGUCCCGACUCUCCAACACUCGGAUUUGACGACCUUCGCAGCAGCCCUGUGGACGGGUCUCGCUACCUUCCAUCGCUUCAAGAGGUCCCCGAGUCCAAGCUCCCCGCCGCCAUAGCCGUGGCACCGUCGCCCUCAGCACCGACCCCGGAGCCACCAAUCGAGGACAGUGAAGAGAAUGACUACGGCUACCUCCGUGAGCGCUCUAUUCACCGAUACUGCGCUCUCCUAGUCGGCCUUCGGUCUCAAAUCGCCUCUCACCUGGCUGCCGUCGAUGCUCAGCUGGCUCCUCAGGCCUCCGCGAUGGCAAACCACCGUCUCAGCUUCAGCAUAUCAACACGGGCUGCCACUCCUGAUGAGGAUGAUGAGAUGCGGGCCUUGGACCUCAAGGCACGCAUUGAGCGCCUGCGAGCCUCAGGAUGGAAGCGGCAGCGCUUUAACCCUCGCAGGUACGAGGAGCUUCGUGAAAGCGUCCUCGCCGAGAUGUCCUGA